UCGACUUAAACCAUAAAAACUUACGCUGUUAAGCGUCUUUAGUCGACGAACCUCCACAUCUACCGUUCAAACCCUCCGUGUCCCGGACUCGAGGUCUUCCCGUCCGUCUGCCCGAGCAAUCUGACCAUGGUGGCCGGCGGUUUGGAUGACAGUCGCUGACUGGCGACCGGCGACUAGCGGCGGCGGACGCCGGCAGCGAGGAUGAUGGUUUGAAGCUUUUCAAAGCUUGGUGUAACAUAUCCAGACAUGUUGCUAUUUGCCAAAGAUGUAACUAGAUCAUUUCAAUAUGAAUUUCUAGCUGCAUUGAAUGGAUGCUAUGAUUCAUGCAUGGGGAUGCGAUGAUGUCAUGACCAUGUUUGGACUUGGGCUCGUGUUUGAUCAUUUUCGCUCUCAGGUCGUUGAGUAGGGGAAACAACAUUUGUUGUGCUGAUGAAAGCAAUAUUGUGUGGAGGGAACCCUCUAGCACCAGGUUGAUCAUUUGCAGGUUUGGGGUAACAGCUGUCUUUGCAUGAUCUUACCCUUGAAGUAGGGUUCUGGUUAUUGUAUCUGGAAUACGGUAGCGUCUAUUAAGUUUAGGAUUAAAGUUGAACUUAUCUGUCAACAACCUGCAAAGCAACAAGGAUAUGGAGCAGAAUAUAUUGGAUAAGUCAAAAACAUUGAAUCCACAUGCUGCAGAGUUUGUUCCUUCUGCCCUUAGGGCUUCUUCUGUAGGUAGCAAUUUACAUGAGCCGCUAAAAACUGAUGUUUCUGAGAAUCCAGGCAGGUCAUUGGUGAAUCAGAAAGAUGCUAUUAUUUCAACUAAUUCAGAUGAAGAGGUUAUUCAGUAUUGGCGAAGACAGCUUCCUGAUGAUAUUACUCCAGAUUUCAAGUUUAUUGCUGGAGAUGAGCAACCAGGGCCUAGUGAUAUAUUAGUCGCUGGUUUGUCUCUGCUUGAUGGGGACAUGCCUACAAUGAAUUGCCAGCAAUUGCUGAACAAGUCACAGGAAAUUGCUUCUCAAGGGGUUAUUAACCCAAGCUCAAACAACAAUUUGUUGUUCUACAUCCCUGAAUGUGGAGAAGAGCAAUCAUCAUCAGCUUUCAUGACUUUGCCAACCAACCCAUGGGGCAAGCAGUUGAUGAAUUAUGAUGAGCAUCUGAGCAAGGGAAUGGAAAAACAUGCUUCCAGUGAUGGUUGUAGUACUGUUUUCUUGAAUGAGUUGUCAAGUGAACAAAUGAGCCUUGAUGACUCUGUGGCUGUUCAUGUGGAACUGAUGGCUAAAGAAUUUCCAGGUUUUGCUGCUGAAAGCCUAGCAGAGGUUUACUAUGCUAAUGGAUGUGACUUGAGCUUGACUAUUGAGAUGCUUACACAACUUGAGCUUCAGGUAGAUUCUGGGUUUAGUGGAAACAUCAGUUCAAAAGCUUUGUCAGCGCCAAACCUUAGUUCCCUGGACUUUCCUGCACUUACUGUGGCCGAUGCUCAGAAUGGUCCACCCAAGUAUGCAGGAGAUGAUCUUGUUCAGGCAGUCAAUCCUUGUAUAUCAAACGAAAGAGAGAGUUUCAGAAAAUCAAUUCUUUUUGGCACAUCUAAAAGUGCGACGAAUUUUGCUUCAGCAGUGCGUAAAGUGUCACCUUCAGAAUCUGGUAACUUAAAGUAUGUAAAAAAUGGUUCAACUGAUGUAAGCAUAGGGACAAGUAGAGGUUCACAGCUCCGGGCAACCUCUUGCGCUGGAAGUCAAUAUCAGAAUGGUGAUAGGUUGCUGAAUUGUGGCACGACACGAGGUGCGCCUGUUUGGCUUGAGACAGGAGAUGCUGUGGCAAACAUGUAUUCAGAACUAAGAGAAGAAGCUCGAGAUCAUGCACGCCUUCGGAAUGCUUAUUUUGAUCAGGCAAGACAGGCUUAUAUUAUUGGAAAUAAGGCGUUGGCUAAGGAGUUGAGUAUGAAGGGCCAACUGCAUAAUGUGCACAUGAAGGCAGCUCAUGGAAAGGCGAGAGAAUCAAUUUUCCGCCAGAGGAACCCAAGUGCAUCUAACCCCCAGGGUUAUACCAAAGCCAAUGACCGGAUGAUCGAUCUGCAUGGACUGCACGUGAGUGAAGCCCUACAUGUAUUAAAGCGUGAGCUGAGUAUUCUUAGAACCGCUGCAAGAUCAGGGUCACAGCGCCUGCAAGUGUAUAUCUGUGUAGGAACUGGGCACCACACAAAGGGAUCUCGCACCCCUGCUAGGCUGCCAGCUGCAGUUGAAAAGUACCUGCUUGAAGAAGAGCAUCUGGAGUUUGGCGAGCCGCAGCCAGGACUUCUGCGGGUUGUGAUCUAUUAACACUUUAAGGUAUAGAAAAAAUGAAAAAAACAAAUCACAUUCUUGUAUUUCUGUAGAGAAAAGGAAAAAAUAUACAGAAUCGGCCACUUGGUAACGAAAGAAAAUGUAUUCCCGUAUAAAAAUGACGUUCAUAUCAUAUUUUUGGAAUUUUUUGGGGAUA